AUGAUAUCACCGAAGGACCCGCGGGUGAGAGUAAAUAGUAGAUCGCGAGCGAGGGGAGGGUGCGUUGGAGAACCCACCAAAGGGGUUUAUUAUCUUUCAAGAUCUGUCAUGGCUACCCUUUCAUCUCCUGCUGACCAAACUUCAGAUUUGCUGCAGAAAUUAUCUUUGGACUCACAAACAAAGACCUUAGACGUGCCGGAGCCCACCAACAAGAUCCAGCCAAGUGACCGGUCUGUGACCCCAGUGCUAUCCAACUUCAUGGAUCCAACUUUGUGCUACCUUCCUAAUGGUUAUCCUCCCUAUUAUUAUGGAGGCUAUAAUGGGACCGGCGAGUGGGAUGACUACUCAAAGUAUAUGAAUACAGAAGGAGUAGAUAUGACUUCUGGUGUUUAUGGGGACAACGGAUCUGCUAUGUAUCCGCAUGGUUAUUGGUAUGGAGCCUAUGGCCCAUAUUCCCCAGCAGCUUCUCAAGUUCCUACUAUGGGAAAUGAUGGUCAGUUAUAUGGUCCUCAGCACUACCAAUAUCCUCCUCCCUAUUUCCAGCCAUUGACUCCUACCAGUGAACCUUUUAUGCCCAGCCAUGUAGCUCCUUCACAAGGUGAUCUUUCUAUCUCCACAGCUGCUGAUCAGAAGCCUUUGCCUGUAGAAACAGCUAAAGAGAAUUCAAAUGGCAUUGCAAAUGGUGGGGAUGUUAAGGGAACCAAUGGCGCAGUUCCAUACAAACCCAAGUAUCAAAAUUCAUACGGAAGGGGUGGUUUUACGAAGGGCAUUUCUGCUUCUGGUUACAAGGAUCUGAAAUCUCGUUUUGAUAGGUUACAGCCUGAUAUCCCAUUGCUGGGUAGCUCUGUACUUUCCAAUGGCCUGUAUAGAAACACUGAGAUUUCUUCUUCAUUUACAAAGCCUAGCAAUGCUCCAUCUACAAGGAAUCAGAAUUUCCAUCAAAAUUCUCAUUUCAUGGGAUGGCAGCACCCUGGUCUGGCAUCAGGCAUGGGUUCAACUCAUGGAUAUAUGAAUAGGGUGUAUCCAAAUAAAUUCUAUGGUCAGUCUGGAAAUGGUUUUAAAUCUGGUAUGGGCUUUGGAUCUGGUGGUUAUAAUGCAGGAAUAAAUGGACAUGGGUGGUUGGCUAUUGACAACAAAUAUAAACCCAAGGGGCGAGGCAAUGGUUAUUUUGGUUAUCGCAAUGAGAAUAUUGAUGGUUUGAAUGAGCUGAACAGAGGACCUAGGGCCAAGGGCUAUUUCAAAAACCAAAAGAGUUUUGUUCCUGCCACAGUUGCAGUCAAGGAUCAGAGUGUGCCAUCAAGUGAUGCUAAUGUCGAGGAGGAGGAUAAGACAACUGCAGCUCCAGACCGAGACCAAUAUAACAAAGCAGAUUUCUCAGAGGAAUAUGUGGAUGCUAAAUUCUUCAUUAUUAAAUCCUACAGCGAGGAUGAUGUGCAUAAGUGCAUUAAAUACAACGUAUGGGCUAGCACACCAAAUGGUAACAAGAAGCUCGAUGCAGCAUAUCAAGAGGCUGAGCAGAAAUCUGGUGGUUGCCCAGUGUUUCUAUUAUUCUCGGUCAAUACCAGUGGGCAAUUUGUUGGGUUGGCAGAGAUGACAGGGCGAGUUGAUUUUGACAAGAGCGUGGAGUAUUGGCAACAAGACAAGUGGACAGGGUAUUUCCCUGUGAAGUGGCACGUUGUGAAGGAUGUUCCCAACAGCUUGUUGAAGCAUAUCACACUUGAGAACAAUGAGAACAAACCGGUCACCAACAGCAGGGACACUCAAGAGGUCAAGUUAGAGCAAGGGCUUAAAAUGGUAAAAAUAUUCAAGGAACACAGCAGCAAAACAUGCAUAUUAGAUGAUUUCGGGUUUUAUGAGGACCGGGAGAAAAUGAUUCAGGAGAAGAAGGCUAAGCAACAGCAGCUCAAGAAACAGGUAUGGGAUGGAAAGCCAAGUGAUGACAAGAAAGAGCUGGUAAAUAGUUCAUAG